AAUGUGGUAUGGUUGUUGGUGCCAGACGAGCUGCACUGAAUAGUUCACAAACCGCUGAUCUAGUGGGAUUUUUCUAAAGCACCAUCUCUGGAUUUCACAAAAAAUGGUCUAAAAAGAAAAAAGGAAGGCAACAGCAUCUAAAUGAACGACUAUUUACAACCAAGGUGUGCAGAAGAAUGGUGAAUGGACUGGAUCUUAAACUGUGCUUUUCUACUUUGCCUGCGCUUCAAAGCACUUUAUAUCAUCCACCCAUUUUAUUAAGCUCGUUCACAUGCUGAUGAACAUGUGGAGAACAACUUGGGCUUAAGUAUCUCACACUGGAUCAGCCACGGAUCAAACUACCAAGCUCCUUGCAAUUAGUGGAUGACCGCAGAAGACCACACCAGGUACUACUCCUGCCAGCUAAGGACAAGAAGUUGAGAGUACAAUUUGCACAGGCUCAACAGAAGAUUGGAAAAACUUUGCAUGAUCUGAGGAGUCUGCAUGGGUGCAGAGGAGGUGUUGGUGGUGUAAUGGCCAAGCUCUACUUGUCCAUAAUCGAUGACGUGAUUGACAGCGUGAGAGAGCUCUUCUUGGAUGAAGGAGUUGAAGACCGCGUCCUGGAUGAUUUAAGACAUCUCUGGGAGUCAAAAGUGAUGCAGUCAAAAGCAAUGGAAGGCUUAAGGAAAAACACCAACCCAUCCAACUUUGUGCUCCAGCUUCCUGCCAGCUACACUCAGACUGAUCAGGAGCUCACCGCCUCAGUUGUCAUCCCUGGAAAUCAGAAUAUCCGCAGCUUCCCAGUCAAGAACAAUUCAGAGACACUUGCUACCUUUUCCCUCCCUGCUGGAUUGGCUUACCCCGUGCAGAUACCAGCAGGAGUCACUCUACAAACAGCCUCUGGUCAACUUUACAAGGUCAAUGUUCCUGUUGUGGUUACGCAGGCCCCAGUGGGUCAGCAGCCUGCAACCCAAGCCAUGCAGAAAGUCACUGAAUGGAGGGAGGCUUCUGCCCCCCAGCCUCCUGCAAUCCCACCAAAUCCUAUUCCUCCCCACGAGGUAGAAACAUCCUCGGUUCCAGCUCAGUCUGUCACACAGCCAAAGACCAUUUUACCCUCCAGUCAGGAGGGCAGCCUUCCCCUGCAGUCUACAGAGCCAGAUUUCCCACAGGAAGAAAAUGAGCCAAAUCCACAACCUAACCUCAGCACGACCGCCUCACCUUGCACUCAGUUAUUAGACUUCCAGAUCAGAAGAGAGGAGGCUCUGGCACAGAUGGCUCAGAGCAGAGACAUUGAUGACAUCCUGAAAGAAGUUAUUGAGGAGGAGAGAGAAAAAGCAGAAAGGGCAAAGAAGCUAGCUCCUGUGGAGUCUGACAGCCAGUCUGAAGCGACUCUUGGGUUGGAUCUGGACUACAGCUACAGCCAGUUCUCAGACAUCGUUCAGCUCGAUGGUCCUGCAGGCAACUCUGACCUCGAGGAGGAAGAGGAGGUUCCCCUGGAAGAGAAUGACUUUCUGGGUAUAAUCAAUGCAGAGGCCAUGAAGGCCCUGCAGGAAGGAAAUGAAAGCAGUGAUGGCAACAGCAUCUCCACCAGCAGCGACGGUGAAGGUGCAGAUGAACUCGCUAACAUAGAGGAGGAGGACCCUCUGAAUUCAGGUGACGAUGUGAUUGAGCAAGACAUCCCGGACCUUUUUGACACUGACAAUGUCAUUGUUUGCCAGUAUGACAAAAUUCACCGCAGUAAGAACCGUUGGAAGUUUCACCUGAAGGACGGAGUGAUGUGCUACGGCGGCAGGGACUACGUGUUUUCGAAAGCAGUUGGGGAAGCAGAGUGGUAAUGAACCUUAGUCCCCCUGAACAGAUCAGGGAAAGAGAAACUAUCAUUUAAAAAGGAAUUUAAAAUUCUUAGUUGUAGUAAUGUGGCUCACAGAGCAGUUUGUGACUACUGUGCCAGAUUGGUGAUAAUCAUCAGAGCAAUGCUACAAGUCACUUAUAUUAGCCAGUUAUAUAAAGCAUUCCUUAUAAAUACUGUUUACUGAGUCAAACAGCAUGGAUUUAUGUUGUAUUGCACUUUGUGAAAAUAUUCUUUAAAAGCACAGUAAACCUUUUAUUUGAACUCCAAUGAUUGUGACUCUUUGAGGAUAACAAAUGUGCUGUUUGAUUUUCAAACAUUGUAAUGUCUCUUUAAUUAUGCUCCAAAUAUACUGACCUGUACUGUUGUGUUGCGUUUAAUGA